AUGAGCUCUUCAUCAUUACUAGUUCUCCGUGCCAUUUCUUAUGUUUUCUUUACAUUCUUACUUUGCAACACCUCUCUUUCUGAACUUGGAAAUUAUACUGAUUACCAAGCAUUGCUUUCACUAAGGGCAAGUAUAGCAAAAGAUCCUCUUCAAUUUACUGCUUCCUGGAAUGAGUCCAUUCAUUUCUGUGAAUGGGUUGGAAUCACUUGUGGUCGCAAACACAAGAGAGUGACCAAAGUUGAUUUUCAUUCCAGCAAACUCCAAGGCCCUUUGUCACCCUCUGUUGGUAACUUGAGUUUUCUCACGGAAUUGGUGCUCUACAACAAUAGUUUUAGAGGCACCAUUCCAAAUGAAAUUGGUAAACUUAGAAGAUUGCAGGUUUUGGAUCUCACAAACAAUUCAUUCUCAGGUGAAAUACCAAAAACCAUUUCUCUGUGUUUUAAUUUGGUGAAUCUGGGUUUGAGUCGUAAUAACCUUACUGGCAAAUUCCCUUUGGAGUUUCAAUCAAUGCUCAAGCUUCAAUACCUUGAUGUUUCAGAAAACAAUUUGGUUGGAGAGAUACCAGCUUACAUAGCCAAUUUUACUUCCCUCCAUUCUCUUUCUUUCAGUGAUAACAACUUUGUAGGAGAGGUCCCUACCUCUUUUGGCAAACUUGUUAAACUUUCCUACCUUUCAUUAGGGUUUAACAACUUGUCUGGGACCCUCCCCACCUCCAUUUUCAACCUUUCAUCCUUGAAAAGUUUAGUGCUCUCUGAAAAUCGAAUCCGAGGCUAUCUUCCUUCAAGUAUAGGCUCUACUCUUCCCAAUCUUGAGUAUUUCAAUAUUUAUUCUAAUCUUUUCAUAGGCCCGCUUCCAAACUCAAUGUCAAAUAUCACAAAACUACGAGAGCUUGAUGUUGCAUAUAAUGGUUUUACUGGGAGAGUGCCCACAUUUAGUCAGCUCAAACAAUUACAGUAUUUUGGGCUAAGCAGUAAUCCUCUUGGCGAUGGAAAAUCCACUGACUUAGAUUUCACCUUUUCUCUUCUCAAUAGUUCUGCUACAUUGCGAUCCCUACUCUUUCAUUCUUGCAAUUUCGGAGGGGUUUUCCCAAAAUAUAUAGCCAAUUUUACAAGGCUUAUGGGGUUGACAAUGUAUGGGAAUCUCAUAUAUGGAAAUAUCCCAAAUGAAAUACAUCUUCUCGGUGACUUGGAACUUCUGGACUUGACAAGAAACCAGCUUAAUGGUACUAUUCCAACCACAAUUGGAAGGCUACCAAAGCUUUAUGUUUUGGAGAUUGGAGAAAACAAAUUUUCAGGUGAGAUUCCAACUUCUUUGGGGAAUCUGUCAAUGCUCAGUAUACUAUACCUAUCCUCAAAUAAUCUACUAGGUUCUAUACCAUCUAGUCUAGGAAAAUCCAUGUUUUUAUCCAUUCUUGGUCUUUCAAAAAACAAUCUCACUGGCCACCUUCCAAAGGAACUUUUCCCCCCCACUUCAUCUCUUGUAAAGGUAGACCUUUCUUAUAAUUGCAUAAGCGGUCCUUUUCCUUCAGAGAUUGGUGGGUUGAAAAUUUUGGUGUUAUUGGAUCUAUCAAAUAACAGGCUUUCAGGCACACUUCCAAGUAGCCUAGGGACAAUAAGUGGCUUGAUUGAUCUCAACAUUAGUUUCAAUUUUUUUAAUGGAGUUAUCCCUCAUUCUUUCAGUUCAUUAAAAAGCCUUCAGAAUUUAGAUCUAUCUAGUAAUAAUUUCACCGGAAAAAUACCAAAAUUUUUUGGUGAACUUCAGUACUUGGAGCAGCUCAAUCUAUCCUUUAAUCAUUUGGAAGGAGAGAUACCGAGUAAAGGAAUUUUUAAGAACUGGACUGAAGUUGAGGUUAAUGGCAAUAACCUCUGCGGAGGUAUUCCGCAAUUUGGGUUGCCAACAUGCCCAAGAGAAGGGGAAAGACAACAUUUGUCCCAUAGUCAAAAGUUGGCAAUUUUAUUUUCGAGUGGGACAUUGAUUUUGCUGAUAAUUGUGGCUCUUAUUGUGCUCAUUUACAAGCAGAAGAACAAGCAGCCUUUAACGCUGGAUGCAACAACAGAGUUCAUGCCUAAGUUGUCAUAUUGGGAUAUCCAGAAAGCAACUAAUGAAUUUUCUAAAUCCAACAUAAUUGGUUUUGGAAAAUUCAGCACUGUUUACAAAGGCAUUCUUGAUGGUAGUUUGGGAAUAGUUGCAAUUAAAGUGUUCAAGCUUCAAGUGAGAGGAGCAUCCAAGAGCUUUUUGGCGGAAUGUGAAGCAUUGAGGCAAAUUAAGCACCGAAACUUGGUAAAAAUUUUGACAGCUUGUUGUAGCAUUGACCAUGAGGGUAACGACUUCUUGGCCAUUGUCUAUGAGUAUAUGAUCAAUGGUAGUCUGGACAAUUGGUUGCACAAUCACUCAAAAGACACAGGAGAGAAUAAAGAUUCAAUGAUUUUGAACUUGUUACAGAGGGUAAAUAUCGCAAUUGAUGUGGUAAAUGCGCUUGAUUAUCUUCAUAAUCAUUUGGAGACAUGUUUAGUACAUUGUGAUUUGAAGCCAAGCAAUAUUUUGUUGGAUGGAGACUUAGUUGUUCACGUGGCUGAUUUUGGAUUAGCAAAGUUUCUUCCCACAGAAGUUACAUCUAACCAAGCGAGUUCAUCUACUGGAAUUAAAGGAACUUUUGGAUAUGCAGCUCCAGAGUAUGGAAUGGGAAGUGACCUAUCAACAUUUGGUGAUAUGUAUAGCUAUGGAAUCCUUUUGCUAGAAAUAUUUACCAAUAAAAGUCCUACUAGUGAUAUCUGCAAUAAUGGCUUAACUCUUCAUAACUAUGUUAGAAUGAGCAUGCCUGAGAAAGUCACUGAGAUUGUGGAUCCAAAGCUAUUCCACAACAAAGCUUAUGCAACACCUAAAAGUCUUGUACUUCAGAACCAUAUAAUAGAAUGCCUUGUAUCAAUUUUUAAGAUUGGAAUAGCUUGUUCCAUGGAGUUACCCAGGGACAGAAUGAGCAUUGGCAAUGCCGUUAAGGAGUUACAUUCAAUCAAAGACACCCUUGUGGAACUUGGAGACAUUGGGACCAUUCCUCGUUAGAGCAGGGUUGUAUCAAGUAAGGUAGCAGCGGAGUUUGCAACGUCAACAAUCCAAUCAGCAGAUCAGAGACUAGAUCGCGUAAGGGAGCAAAUUAUGGGGAUUGAUUCAAUUCAUUGCAAUUGUAUUUGAUUGAGAAUUUGAUUUGAUUUUAUUUCAUUUGUGAUGUUGGUUAAUUUUGAUAUUUUGAAGAUUUUGCUCCUUUCCCUUUUGCAGUUAAUUAGUUUGCGAGUUCAUUGCAACUUCUUUUUCCUGCAAA